AAGUUGAUUACGUGGACUAAACUUCACCUUGUCAUCCCUCUUCUUCUUCUUCACUCUUCAAUCUUCUCCCAUUCUGUUGUUUUGGAAUAACAAAAAUGUCAAAAUUACUGUUAUUCCACUCUCCACACUUACCACCAAUCUACCACACUCGAACAAUUACUUCACUCCUCUCCUCCUCCACUAAACCCUAUCUCCACCUCCCUCCGCCACACUCCGCCGCGUACCACCGCCCUUCCAUUUCCCCCUCUGUUUUUCAUUCUUUUUCGCCGUUUCUUUCUAGGAACUUCUCGACUCCUAGGGCUUUCGAUUCUUCUUCCGAGGAUGCGGAAAAGGAAUUAUCAGCUGAACCUGAAAAUGUUAAUAAGAUUAACAAAGAAGAUUAUCCAACUGGUGAAUUUGAAUUCAAACAAAUUGGACCGUUGAAUCGUUUUCUUGUGAAAAUUAAAAUGCUCUUUGCAUUCCCUUGGCAGCGCGUUCGCAAGGGUAGCGUUUUAACCAUGAAACUCCGCGGCCAGAUAGCUGAUCAGCUGAAGAGCCGUUUCUCAUCAGAAUUAUCAUUGCCACAAAUUUGUGAAAAUUUUAUAAAAGCUGCUUAUGAUCCUCGCAUUUCCGGAAUCUACCUUCAUAUUGAGUCUCUCAACUGUGGUUGGGCUAAAGUUGAAGAAAUUUACAGACAUAUUUUGGAUUACAAGAAAUCUGGUAAAUUUAUUGUUUGCUAUGUCCCUGCUUGUAGAGAGAAAGAGUAUUACCUUGCCUGUGGCUGCGAUGAGAUUUAUGUCCCUCCCAGCGCUUACUUCUCGCUAUACGGUUUAACGGUUUCAGCAUCAUUUCUUGGAGGAGUUCUUGAGAAAGUAGGAAUUCAACCUGAAGUGCAAAGGAUUGGUAAAUAUAAAAGUGCUGGCGAUCAACUUACACGCAAAACCAUGUCUGAUGAAAAUUGUGAGAUGUUGACCACAUUGCUUGAUAACAUCUACGGGAAUUGGCUGGAUCACAUUUCUUCUACGAAAGGAAAAAAGAGAGAAGAAAUUGAAAAUUUCAUCAAUGAAGGAGUCUACAAAGUAGAAAGGCUAAAAGAGGAAGGCUUGAUAACAAAUAUAAAAUACGAUGAUGAGGUUAUUUCGAUGUUUAAAGAAAAACUUGGAGUUCAAAAGGAUAAAAAUCUUCCUAUGGUUGACUAUAGGAAAUACUCACGAGUUAGGAAAUGGACACUUGGUUUAACCGGUGGCAAAGACCAAAUAGCAGUGAUUAGAGCCUCGGGGAGCAUUAGUCGUGUGCGGAGUCCAACAAGUCUACCUGGAUCUGGUAUUAUUGGGGAGCAAUUCAUUGAGAAAAUUCGCCAAGUAAGAGAGUCGAAAAGAUUUAAAGCUGCUAUUAUUCGGAUUGACAGCCCUGGAGGUGAUGCCCUUGCUUCUGAUUUAAUGUGGAGAGAAAUUAGACUCCUGGCUGAAACAAAACCUGUUGUUGCAUCAAUGUCUGAUGUGGCAGCAAGUGGAGGAUACUAUAUGGCAAUGGCAGCAGGGGCUAUUGUUGCAGAAAAUUUAACCUUAACUGGGUCUAUUGGAGUUGUCACAGGGAAGUUCAACUUGGGGACACUAUAUGAAAAGAUAGGGUUCAACAAGGAGAUCAUAUCAAGGGGUAGAUAUUCUGAGCUACUUGCAGCUGACCAGCGACCUCUGAGCCCAGAUGAAGCAGAACUGUUUGCAAGGUCUGCUCAAAAUUCUUAUCAGCAAUUUCGUGACAAGGCAGCAUUUUCGAGAUCAAUGCCUGUGGAUAAGAUGGAAGAGGUUGCACAGGGUAGAGUCUGGACUGGUAAAGAUGCAGCUUCACGAGGUUUGGUUGAUGCUAUUGGUGGGCUUUCUCGAGCAGUCGCCAUAGUAAAACAGAAGGCUUCAAUACCUCAAGAAAGACAGGUAAACCUUGUUGAGAUGUCAAGACCCUCACCAACAUUACCAGAGCUCUUAAGCCGCGGAGGGAGUUCUAUAGCCGGAGUUGACACAAUGUUGAAAGAAUUAUUACAAGAGUUGACAGUUUCAGACGGAGUUCAAGCUCGAAUGGACGGAAUCAUGUUCCAAUAUUUGGAAGGAGCUUCAUUUGCCAACCCCAUUUUAACUUUGAUAAAAGAUAUCCUCAGGUCCCUCUGAUCUAGUUCAUCAAUAGUUAUUUCUGUCCCUUUUGAAGGGAAAAACAUAUUAAGGUUAUUAGAUUUCUAUACAAGGGAUGGAGCUUGCUUCGGUCUGAAAAAAGAUGCUUGAAGGAGGUUCAAUCCAACAAAUAUAUUCUUUAUAUAGCAUUAUAAUGGCAUUUAAGAAAUUGAAAACAUACAAAAAUGAAACCUUCAUAGCUAGUUUAUAGCCGCAAGACGGCGUCGUUUCACUUCAGUGGACUUGUGCCAAGAAAGAAUUUGUAAUCACUGUAGAUAACAUCUUUUACAAGUGGCAAAUGUAUACUUGGUAUGAAUAUAGUGGGAAUUGGUGCUCAAAUUUUUAUUUGAUGCA